AUGCAAAAGCUUGAAGGAAUGGAAGGUGUGAAAGAGUGUAGAGAUCAAACUGAGCCCAGAGACACUUACAAGAUUGCUUAUAUAAUCCAUUUCUUGCUUGGAGCAGGCAAUUUGCUUCCUUGGAAUGCUUUAAUCACUGCUGUUGAUUACUUUGGCUAUCUUUAUCCAACCAGGCAUGUCGAGAAAGUCUUCUCUGUGGCUUACAUGAGUUCUUCAAUGCUGGUUCUAAUUAUGAUGGUGAGUUGGGGUAGUUGGAAUAAAAUGCUGAGCUUUAGAUUGAGGAUGAACUUGGGUUUUUCCAUGUUUGUUCUGUGUCUUCUUGUAACACCAGUGAUGGACUGGGCUUGGUGCUGCACUGAAUCAAAAGGGAAAUCAAGUGGAGCCUAUGGCGUGACGGUCGCGUCAGUUGUGGCGUGUGGUUUAGCCGACGGAUUGAUUGGAGGAAGCUUGAUAGGAUCUGCAGGCAAGCUGCCAAAACAGUAUAUGCAGGCUGUUUUUGCUGGAACUGCUUCUUCAGGUGUUCUGGUUUCAAUCUUGAGGAUAACAACAAAGGCAUUGCUUCCACAAACGCCACAGGGCCUCAGAACAAGUGCUCACUCCUACUUUAUAGUCAGCAUAGUCAUAUUGCUGGGCUGUACCAUUUGUUGCAAUCUUUUGUACAAGUUGCCUGCCAUGAAACAGCACUACAAACUUCUUCAAGAUGACUCGCUAAUUUCAAGGCCAAAUUUAUGGAAUGUGACAAGAAAAAUCCGGUUGCCGGCUUUUGGAAUAUUCAUAAUUUACACCGUGACUCUGUCCAUCUUUCCAGGAUUUAUAGCAGAAAACCUUAAAUCCAAUAUUCUCAGAGAUUGGUAUCCUAUUAUGCUUAUCACAAUGUACAAUGUCUCAGAUUUUGUAGGGAAGUCUCUAACUGCAAUACAUGUUCUGAAGAGUGUUGAAAAUGCUGCAUGGGCUUGCAUUGCCAGGCUUUUGUUCUAUCUCUUCUUUGCAGCCUGCCUACAUGGCCCCAGUUGGCUGAAAACUGAGGUACCAAUGGCAUUUCUGACAAUUUUGCUUGGACUAACCAAUGGAUAUCUGACAAGCGUCAUCAUGAUCCUCACUCCUAAAUCAGUGCCAUCUUCAGAAGCCGAAAUGUCAGCAGUUGUGAUGGCUUUGUUCUUGGGAAUGGGGUUGGUUGCUGGCUCAGUUCUUGGCUGGUUCUGGAUCAUUUGAAGCCUAUAUGAGCUCUUUGAUUAUAUAGGCUAGUUGAUCAGAGAGUAGGGUAUUCUACAUAUAGAAAUCAAAGAGCCAAUCAAGGUAAUGCCUACAAACAAAUUAAUGAUAUCCUAUUCAGUCAGAUAGGACUUAUUUGUAAUAGUUCUUGAAAAUUUUAGAAAACUGAAGUUCGUUCUCUGUUAUAUUUCCUAA